AUAAUAGAAAGAACGAAAUGAAGAAAAAAAACAUCAUAAUGUCCGAGCUUUAGUCUAGUCGUCCUUAUUCAAGCCUAAGCAAUCGUUCACGAAUGAAUCGAUUAGACGAGGAGUAGGCUGGGAAAGAUGGCAUCUUCUGAACAACCUGAUCCGCAAACACAGCCUGGUGCUCCAUCCAGAGAUGACGUUCCCCCCAGAGAAGCACUGAUAGCCACAGCUGUGAAAUUUUUACAGAACCAGAAAGUCCGUCAAAGUCCACUGGACACCAGAAAAGCUUUCCUGAAGAAAAAAGGUUUGACUGAUAAGGAGAUUGAGCUUGCCAUCCAGCGCUCGGGCAGUACUGACGAGCCCCUGGCCCUUACCCCUGUGGGACCCCAAUACCCUCUCCUUGCCCCCCAGCUGGCACCUGUACCCUACAGUCCCCCUGGCUACAGAUGGAGAGACUACGGUGCCCUCACUGUCAUCAUGAUGGGCAUGGCCUUUGGCUUCCAUCACCUCUACAAGAAAUACAUCCUUCCCCUCAUUAUGGGCAGCAAAGAGGACAAGAAGCAUCUGCAGAGGAUCGAGAGCAACAUCGCCGAGAUGAGUGGCACGCUGACACAGACAGUGACCCAGCUCCAGCAGACCCUGGCUACAGUACAGGAGCUCCUGGUCCAGCAGCAGCAGAACAUACAGAACUUGUCUCAGGAGCUAUCUACCUCUGAGGCAUCCUCUUCAACCAACCGCAUCCUGGAUACCCAGACCAUCGGCGAUCUGAAAGCUGAAAUAGUGUCAUUGAAGGGCUUGCUUCUCGGCAGGAGGCAGUUCCCCGCAUCGCCAUCCGUCCCAAAGAUUCCCUCCUGGCAGAUGCCCCUGAAGCCGGCCACCAUCUCCACCAGCUCUCCUUCCAUCAACCACACCAACAGCAGCAGCGACAUCUCUCCCGUCAGCAACGAGUCGGCUUCCUCCUCCCCCAUCAAAGAUGGCCGCCACAGCCCCCUAGACCCCCUGGGAGGUCCCGACGGAGCCCACGGCCUCAACGGAGAGAACGGCGUGGGGCUGGGAGGAGGAGCCACACUGCCCCCCCUGGACCUUAAGGAUCAGGUCCGCAUGGAGGUGCAGGGCGAGGAGGAGAAGAAAGAGGAGGAUGUGAAGGAGGAAAAGGAAGAAGAGGAGGAGGAGGAGGAUGACGACGUGAUCCAUGUGGAUGAGGAGGAGCAUCUGAGCGUGCCAGCGGAGGAUCGUCGAGGGGGGGACGGACAGAUCAACGAACAGGUGGACAAGCUGAGGAGGCCCGAAGGGGCCAGCAACGAGAGCGAGGUGGAUUAGACCAGACCGUGAGCACAAAGCACAACAAAACCCCUUUUUCCUUAUGGUUCUCAUUAUAUUUUAAGGUCCUGUUUCACUCUGGUCCCGUUUGACCAUCCUUUCUGUAACUGUACUGUUUUCCCUCUGUUAUAUAGUGAACAAUCUAAAUCAUGAGCAGAGGUUUAAGAAACACAGCAAAAAAAAAAUUAUAUAUUGGUGUGUCUGGCCCUUGUAGGCACCUGGCUUACAUCAAUUUACUUUUCAUCAUUCAAAGAAAACGAUUGCAUGCCUGGGAAAGUAACGUGGAGUUUCAGCAGGAUGGGGGGAAAAAAGCAAUAUUCAAUACAAAUUACUAUCAAAACUUAUUUGCAAUCCUGCUUUUUCUUAUUCCUUGUGUGGCACUCGGUACUGUCAAUUUUUAUGACUGACUAUAAUCACCUGGUGUAGUGAGCUUGGUUCCCAAUGUGAUAUGGCAUCUGAGGUCAUUUGAAGAAUCAUUUGAGGUUCUGUCCCUAAUGGCAUCCUAUUCCCUGUGUAGGCUGUGUCCCAAAUGGCACCCUAUUUCCCUAUGUUUUGAACUCUGGUCGAAAGUAUUGCACUAUAUAGGGAAUAGGUUGCCAUUUGGUACUCAGCCUGAGUAACCUGUACUCAGCCUGAGUAACCUGUUCUGGACUCCAAAGAAAUCGUAUGCUCCCCUAUAUUCUUCAGUUCUAUGUCAGGAGUCAGACGGCUUGUUCCUCUGUACUCGUCUCAAAGUCACCCUGAGAUCACUGAAAGCAUUACUGGGGCUUCGUCUGAAAUGGAAUGCUAUUCCCUAUACGAUUCACUACUUUUGACCAAUUGUAUUGCACUAUAAAGGGAAUAGGGUGCCAUUUCAGACACUGCCUGUCAACAGAGCCAAGGGAGAGGACAAGCAGCGUUAGGCUAGGGCAGCGUUUAGGAUCUUUCAUGUGUCCCCUCGCAUUGGUGUCAGUCUGUCAAUAAUUCAGAAAGGCCAGGAGGUGGCAUUUGGGCCGAAAUAAAAGCCUUGAAAUUUGAUAUUGGAACGCGAUGACGGGUUUUGUUCCACAAGCGUUCAAGAGCGCUCAAAGGAAGGGAAGAUAAAUGUGUUUUUUUACCUCUUUCUAAAGGGGCUGCCUCGUGCAUGGUGUCUCUCUGUAUGUGGUGAGAGAGAUCCCAGCCUACCUCUUCAGCUGCAUCUCAGUCUCCAGCAGGGCUAGCUGAUUUGGUUUAUGAAGUAUGUUAAUAAUCAAAUGAUCAACAAAUAACAGAUGUAUUAGUUCAUGCAGCUUGAAAUGUCAAGGAGGCUAAAAGUGGAAAUCUAAUCGCGAAAGCCCUGUUGUAUUAUAUUAUAUUUCAUGACAAACCCUCCGGUCCAAAUUAUAUAGGCCUCCUACAGUGAGUAAUCUUUUACGCUAAAACGGCGCCAAUAUUUUGUAAUUAAACCGUAUAAAACAAUGGAUGUCGCCAUGGAUGUUGUGGCAGGUGGGAAUCAGGCUCUGAAAGCAGAGGUGGGGGCAGGAGGGGGAACUGAAAGUAAUGUAUGAAUACUUACCUUAUUAAAUUACUCACUCGCAAGCUGAUGAGAGAGAAAAAAGGUCCACGAGUGAAAAUGAGGGUAUCAGCUCUCUUGUGGUAUUUUAACUUGCAUCAAAGGGCCUUCAAAGUAACACAAUAACGGUAGAGGUAGGUGAACCUUUCUAAGUGGCACCAGUCAUGUUCAGCAAACGCCCAGAGACCUGUGUCUAUUAAAAUAGAAGUAACAAGGUAAAGAAUCUGAAGUAUAAUACUUUCAUGAGAUAUUUUUUUGUUUGCUAUUGUAUUUUACUUGAUCUGACAUUCUGAUCUAUGAAUUUGUCUGCGAAUGAAGACCACUGGCUGAUAAUGUGGCAGAAUUGCUCAAAUGAGAGGUCCCCAAGUGUCACUCAUGCCUUUUAAACUACUGUAGUUUCACUGACUGGUCCUCUAUGUAUAAAAUGUACCCAGCUUAUAAUUGUGACUGUAUGAACUUCUGAUAUCAAACAAAUGUAUAUUAUUGUAAUAAAUUUGGUUUAUCUCAAGUUA